AUUUUACCUCAAAUUCGUGAAACAUUCUCCAUGUUUGGAUGUUUGCCAAGGAAGGUAAUAAGGGUCACAUGGCCUUCGUCCAAAGGGUAAACAAUGAAGGCGAGGGUGAUCCAUUCUACGAAACCAUUGGCUUGAUCACGUUAGAGGAUGUUAUUGAGGAACUUAUACAAGCUGAAAUUAUGGAUGAGACAGAUGUAUUCACUGAUAAUCGUACGAAAAGAAGAAGGAAUGCAGAACGUAAGCAAGAUUUCACGAUAUUCGCUGAAAAACGUGGAGAUACCAGUAAAAUGAGGAUUAGUCCCCAAUUGACACUUGCUGCAUAUCAGUUCUUAAGCACCACCGUGGAACCGUUCCACCCGAACUUGAUCAGUGAAACAAUCUUGCGUCGUCUCCUGAAGCAAGACAUAGUGUACCAUAUAAGGAAAAACAAGGAAUGGCGCACGGAUCCUUCGUGCAUCAUCUACGACCAAGGCAGAGCAGUUGAUUAUUUCGUGAUCAUCCUGGAAGGUAGAGUGGAAGUGACUGUUGGAAAAGAGAGCUUGCGAUUCGAAGGUGGACCGUUUACAUACUUUGGAACUCAGGCAUUGGUACAAACUGUUGGAAUAAAUGCCCGUGAAUUCACUAUUACUAAUAGGGCCGAGUCUCCUUCAGUGGCGCCAUCUACAAUGGGCAGUCUGGAGUCAUUGAACAUAGAUUCUAUGCUGCGUCACACCUUUGUGACAGACUAUACGGUUAGAGCGUGUACUGAAGUGGUGUACCUAAAAAUCAAGAGGAGCCUGUAUCUGGCUGCCAAGAGGGCGACUUUGAUGGAGAGAAGUAGAAAGGGCGAACAACAGACGGAACAACAGUUUGACGAAGAAGUUGAUAAGCUUCUCCAUUCAUUGGACGAGGACGACGCGUUGAGCGGGGGCAGACAUUCCCCAAAAGGGGCCCACCCGUGCCCGUUGACCUACCAACAGCGAAGGAAAUCCUCUCAGAAACAGAACGCGACGGCUGCGAGCAGUCCCAGGACUCCCUCGCACAAUCAGAUGAACGCCAAGGAUAUCAACGGCGCGGUUAAAAGCAGCCCCGUGGACGACAUUCAGAACACAACAUAGUGAUUGACCAAGGAUGUAAUGUUUAAAGCAGGUGUGCGAGAAAGAUGAAGAGAUGUCCUUACUACCGAAAAAGAAUUCAUAACACUGUGUUUCGGUCCUCCAAAUUAAAUAGGGCCGUAUCUCGAUGAUGUACUUAACAUUAACUUUACGUUUUGUGUUGUUUUGUUGUUCACAGUAGAUUUAAAAUAUCCCUGAGCCCAUAUAAUUAUAAGACCUAUAGGUAUAAUACAUAUUAAUAUGUUUCUUCUACUCUCAAAUUUAGAUUAUUUUUUGAAACUGCUCAUAUUUUUCCAUUAUUACAAUGGAAACAAACUCAGACGUCUAGAUGUGCAACUGAGCUGCUUUUUUCGUAACAUUCUUUGAACCUGAGAUUUAUCCGUGAUUAAAUUUCUUUUUUCUAUUUUCUAGCUAUAUGAACAUAUUAAAUCACUGUUUUUAACGGAUAAUAGCUUUACUAAUCUUCCAGUGCAAACUGUAUGGAUUACACCUAAAUUCACUUUAUAUAAAAAAGAUUCAAAAUACAUAAUUUUCAAAAUAAUUCUCACAUUAUAUGGACUCAGUACCAACCUGACUUCCCUAAGUACUUAAGGCAAAAAAAAACAUUAAGCAAAGGAAAAAGUAUAGCAAAAUGUCGUAGAAUAUUUUCAUACCAUAUAUUUAUUGGUGUAUUAGUCUAGAGUCUAGCUUGUGUAUAGAAUAAAUGCCUUAGUCUCGCAAAUCCGUUUAUACGUAAAAUAUGGCCACAUUUUCAUUUUCUGAAAUUAACGUCUUAAUAUAAAGAUAUAUGGUAUUCGUUUACUUAGAAAACUAAUCAGAUAGUGUUUCCAUACACUAUGUUAUUAAAAGCUUGAUCUCUUAGCUAAUGGGUAAAAAAUUUGGGGUCUCUGUCAACGAAUUCAGACUAGGUAGAAGAAGCCUAUGAUUUGUUUGUUUCCAAAAUCUCAGUCAGGAUUGAAGUGCUUACCUCAAGUCGAUUUGACACGAUUUAAUUUUUUGACAGUGCGAGUGCAGAUAAUUGUGGUGUUAGACGGUUUUAGGAUAUGUCACUUCGAGCAAACUUUGCAAAGAGCUACAAAAGCCUGAUGAAGGCAGAUCGUUCCACCAGUAACUAAUGUUACUAUAUUGAUACAACGUUGUCACUUUGAUAAGCAAUGGUAGUCAAAUGAGUCAAAAGUACGCAAUUUUGGCGACAAAAGAUGCAAUGUAAACAUAUAGGCUGGCUUCUAAUCUAUUCGAAUUCGUUGGUCUUGUGGUAUAGCCGCAUUUGGUUUGGUUGUCAAAUAAGGUUAAAUAAUUAGAAAAGUGGUUCAGGAAUAUUUGAUGGAAAUCUUCAGAAAUUAUAUGAAUAAGGUGUUGAUAUUUCGUCACAAAAAUAUUAAAAAAAUCUGUUGCAGAUAAUAAGAAAAGUAUGACAUUGAUGACACAUAUUGCGUCAUGACAAGUAAAACUUUGUAUGGAAUUGUAGUUGUAGAACUAAAUACAUGUGGCACACAGUUUAAUACGUACUUCUCCCAGCUUCUAGUUUGAAUAACUAUUAGUGAAACCAUGGAUUAACGUAUUCUACCUGAUCCUAUAUUCCUGCGUCCAAAAAUUAUCCGAGAUAUAAUGAGUUACUGUAACGUCAUCUAUAGAAAUUUGUCAAAGCUUUUUUUUCUAUACUAUAUGACAGAGAAAAUGCAAUACCGACUAGGAGUGCUGUAAUUUUGAGCAUAUUAUUACAUAACAAGUUUUAGAUCUACUGAUAAAUAGAAAGUGAUUAAAAUUUUAACUCGAAAUUUCUCAAAAUAGCUGAGAUAUCCCAUCUUAAUGUUAAUGUGUUGAAGCUCCUGUGUUCGCUACACAUUCCACAUUCGUUAAGUCGUCGCGGCAUUGAUUGGAUUAGGCGAUUGAUGUCUUUCUGGUGUAUUAUAUCCCAGGCCAUCUGAAUUUGGUUUCGUAGAGCCUCCAAUGUUUAUGGAGGAUGCGGUGAAUUCUGCAACCUUUUUCCCAUCAUGUACCCAUACAUGUUCGAUGGGGGAAAGGUCUGGAGAUCGAGGCCGCCACUGAAUCAGAUUUACUCCGGACGCUUCUAAAAAGUCUAAACUAACACGUGCGACAUGAGGUCGUGCAUUGUCCUGGUGAAACAGUGGAUCUUGCAAUGUUUUCAAAAAGGGAAGCAGAUGUGGUUGUAAAACUUCGUGGAUAUAUAGCGCUGGGCAGUCAUGCUACCUCGAAUGAACACUAAUCGUGACCUGCUGCCGUAAGCAAUGGCACCCUAUAUCAUAACACCCAGAGUGCGGUGAUAUGCCGUUCGGUGGAAAUUAGCGCGUCUGCGAACUCUAGACACGAUAAUGCAAUGAAACAACAAUGAAACUCAUGGAACCAACACAGAAAAAUCACUGAAUAUUUAGUAAACAUGUUCAUAUUGUUCGGAUCCUGAUGUGACAAAAAGGCCUUACAAAAAGUACAGUUCGGAAUGCCUUCAACAGUUUAUCCGCGUAUACAUCAUAGCAAAUAUGUUUGCACGUUUUUAUCAAAAUUCAAUAAAUAAUUCUGGGUGUUGCAUUUUAUAUGUUACUUAUUAUAUUUAAUAUAUACCAGUAUAUACUUUGAAAAGGUUAAUGUCUCAUAGAUGUUGCUGUAGCCACCUAUAUGCGUUUAUAUGUUCUGAGACAGCGCCAUCUAUGAGACGCUAACCUGUUCAAAGUAUAUAUAGUUCAUAGAGAAACAGCUGUGAAUAAUUCUCAUGGAUGACGCUACUGUAUCUAAUUUUAUCUCCUAUAUUUUUUAAUCAACGGAAAACAUAGUUGAUUCAAUAGAAAAAUAAAUAUAUUUUUCAGACUAGUACUAUGAAAAAUCGAACAAGAAGAUUGAGAAGGACAGUAAACUUAAAAAUUGUUUAUUAUGCAUUGCAGUUAACUGCAGUCAGUAUCUUUUUUGCACAUAGAUUAUAUAUUGUUAAGGAUGUAGUAGCCUGGUAGGCAAUUUAUUGCCGCUUUAACUGUUAUCUCUGUCAAUCAUUCUACUUAUAGCAAUAAUUCUUCUGUCCUCAAUUGAUAUACGAGAUGAAAUGAUAAUCAUUUAUUACGUUUUACUAGUAUUGUGUAUCGUAAGAUUUAUGUUAACUUUGAGAUAGUGGACAACUCUUGAACACAUAUAUUUUGUGUCAUAAGUCAGACCACAUUUUUCGCCAGAACAUUAAACACCUAAAAUAUUCUUCAAGUAUUGGGAGUUUGAGUAAAACAUGGUAAUAUUUCUAGAACAUAGAGUAGAGCAAAAAAAGAACGUGAAAACUUCCUGUAAACAAGGGUCCUACAAUACCUUAGCAAGGCACGGGUUGUUGGCUUUUCAAUUUUGAAUUAUAUUUUCGAAGUGUGUUAAGGUGUUGACUUGAAAUUUUGUACAGAUAGUACUAAAAUUUCGUGCCUGAGGCUACACCAGUGGCGAGAAGAUGGGGAAAUUUUGACCCAUACAGGUGAAAAACGUAAAAUAUUUCCUACGCCACUGACUUUUUUGAAACACCUUUUGCAUUUCUGAAUAAGGUAUUGAUUUUCACUUGAAUCGACCACUCUUGAGAAAUUUUGUCAAUUUUUUUGGAGAAAAACGGUCUGAAUAUUUGAAGUUCACUUCAACUCCUAUUUUGAAAAUACGCUAAAGUUAGUGAAGGGUAACAGUAACCAGAAUUCGUCAUAGUUGAUAUGAACUUUUUAUUUUUGAAAUAUUGUUACAUUUUCCUGAAACACCCUCUAUAGCUGAAUACUGGUGAUAUCAUUUACUUCUUUAUGAUUGAUUUCAAAAAAAUGUUGUCUUGAUCUUUCACCUAUUGAUCGUUAAUUCAACGCAAACCAGGAAUGACUUUGGCAGUGCCCUAUAUAAAUCUUUAAUAAGACAGUUAUGACCAUAGAAUUUUUUUGUACAUCUCUCUCAUCAUCUUUAUAGAUUUAACAUAAAAUCUGCUAGAAAUGUAUGAAAUAUGUUGCCAAAAAUAUGUUCAAGAUGUAUGUUAUUUGUUAAAUAAGUAUUCUGCAAUUUAAACACCCUAGGUGUAUCCUAUGGUUGAAUUGUUAUCAAAAGUACUUUAUUUCAGUGCCUUAUUUUUGAGAACUUUAAAUCUUCAUUGUAACAUUUGCUUACCAGGUGUUUGUUAAGGAGUUUGCUGUAACAAAUGCAACAGGGCAUUUGUUGAUCAAAAUACAUUUGUUUAAAUAUGGUGUAUAAUUUUGUUGAGGACAAUAAUUUAAUUUAUUCACAGUAUGUUAUUGAUCGCCCUGUGUUUUAGUUUAACAAAAUUUAGCUGUAGAAGUUAACAUUUUAUGUUUUUUAAUCAUGCGUUGAAGUGAUAUACCCAGUGAACAUCGAUUUUUUCUAUAAAAAAUGUAUAUCUUAAAAUAUUGUGAUAAUUUGCUUUGUAGCAUUAUUUUCAUUUUAUAUUCUAUUGAUCCAUAUCCUUUGUUGCGGAUUAUUUCAUUAUGUUGCUUGCUUUUUUAUGGAUUCAUGGAUUUACUUAUACACGAAGUAUUGUUGUUUUUUUAUUACUUUUAUUUUAUUUGUAUGAAAAUACAUUUUUCUACGCUGUUGAAUGUUUUUUGUAUGUUUUUUUGUGAUUGAAUGUAUUGGUGCUUUUAUUUCCCUGUUGAAAAUAUCUAUGUAUAUUUAGAUCCAAAGAAAAUAAAGAUUUGGAAUUAC